AUGGUUUCUCUUCAAGACGAUUUCGCUGAAAGCGUGUGCCGGCUUCCCGAGCAGUACGAUGGUGACGAAUACGUGGCCUUUCUCAAACGCUUCGGCACGCACAUGAUCGAGACAUUGCUACUGGUCAAGCAAUCGCGGACCCGAGUGUUCGUGGAUCCGAAAGCGAUAUUCCAGCAUCUGGUACGCAGCGGCACAACCUUCACUGGUGACAGCGUCCACUGGGCGGAUGGAAUUCAGCUGCGGUAUAUUACCGACAGCAUGCUCGUACGAAUUGCCGACGAUUUAAUGAAGGGCCCGCGUUCGGACAGCGUUGUCAACGAGACUGCCGCGCACAACAUUACGUUGCCGGUUCAUCUGCUGGAAAUUUCGCAGCUCCUUGACAAGGUCCAUCUAAACCGGUCCCUUAACGAGAUCUGCAGACAACUGUUCGAUGGAAUGUCCGAAGCCAACCAACCGGUCUGGUUGAAAACCGUUGCCGACAACCUGUACCGAGCAAUGGAUGCCUACAGCAACGAAGCCCAAACCGAACAGCCGAUCGCCACACCGCAGAUAACUCCCUGGCCGAAGGAGAUCCGCAGUCAGAUCAGGGCCAUCCAAACGCGGAAUUUCUUGGCGGGUCAACGGCACCCCUGUGUCAGCGAUGCGUACACUAAUGUCUUGGGUCACGGAUACGAUCUGUUACGCGCCGAUCCACUAGGGACGGAAUUUCACGCCGGUAUUCACAGCGGCGAACCGAUUCUCCGGUUUAAGGAUUGCCCUGUCACCGGGAACUGCAACGACACAGUGCUCUGUACAACGCUGCCGCCUACCGGGCAUACACAGGAAAAACAUAUCUUUCGUGCGGUGGAGGAGUAUCAGGACGUAAUUCUAAGCACGCUGGACAUUGAUGGUCUUGACCCGGUAAUCCAUGCUAGCGUGGGAAUGCGCAGCCCGAUAAUGCGCAGCAUCCGGCACGGCGCUACAAUUAACGAUACGUUCAGGCAAUCGUAUCAGCACGAGAUGAGAUACGUCUACAACAAAGAAGACCUGUUCCUCGACUCACACUUACUAUCCACGGCUUGUUCCUUACCGGACCUCUACGACCCAGCGGAAUACAUAAGCUUCCUCAAGCAUUUCGGGACCCAUAUUAUCACACGUGUAAGAUACGGGAGUUUCGCUUUAAACCGGACCGUCCACUACGCCGAUAUGGAAGCGGAUACGUCGGUGCUCGAAACGUCCAUUCGACCGUUACAACUUACCGUUAAAAACAUUAAGGCGUUCUUCACACCGUUGACCAUUAGCCAGUCAGCAGUGCCACCAGAUUGUGACAAACUUCUCAAUGCAAGUUCCCUGCAGAGUUUCCGAAAGCUUCUUGAUCGAGCAAUUGUAGAGUACGCUACAACGAUGGGACUUCCGACAACAACAACCAUUUCGACGACCACGACCACCACGACAGCGGCGGCAACGUCACCUACAACGACCACGAUCAACCCGGUCGUCUUCCUUCCGCACGGAACCAUCCAGGGCGUGGUUCGCGAUGCAGACAGCUUGGAUUACCUUCCAGGCGUCAGCGUAACCGCUCGACUACCCCGACAAAACUUUCAAUCAACGAGACACACGAACGCCAAAGGAGAUUUCUCGAUGUCGCUACCGAGCAUGCCGAGCUACGACCUCCACUUCGAACUCCCGGGCUACUAUCCGGCCUUGUUGCACGGGAUGCCGGUAACCGUCCAACAAACGCUGGUGGUCGAGCCAAUGCUGUACAUUAACCAGCGCUUCACCGGCAUCGGUACCGCUAGCGGGAACGUCACUAACGCGGUGACCAGUCAAACGGAACCCGGGGUCCUCAUCCACUUUCGUUCCGGGAUCAACGUCUUGACCGGGGACGUUGCUGCUACGGCCACCACCCUGGUAUCCGGUCGCUGGACGGUCACCCUCCCGACGGGUCACUACACUGCAACCCUCUCCAAACCCGAGUUCGCGCCGACCGCAUUUACCGUGGUGAUCCUUGGCGGGAUGGAGAAACCGGGUCAAAACCACGUGAUAGUCCCCGUCGUCUCCCGACAGCAGUGGCGGUUUGUUUUACACUGGGGCGAAUGGCCGCUGGAUUUAGAUUUACAUGUUUGGGGUCCGAUAGAAGGCAACCGCAAUCAGAUGCACGUGUACUGGUACUCCAAGCUCAGCCCGGGCAAUCACACGGACCUGGAUGUGGACGUCACCAAGAGCUACGGACCGGAGACCGUGACCGUGCGAAAACAGCUUCAGGGAGUGUAUACGGUUAAGGUGCACGAUUACACCAACCGGGAGGCGAUGAAUUCCCCGGCACUGGGUGUGUCGGGAGCGGAGCUGGUGUACCGAGGCAGUAUGCAACUAGGCCACUAUUAUGUGCCGCGAGGCCACGGAACAACGUGGAGUGUGCUGCAGCUCAACGGGACGCAGAUCCAGGUCAUUAACCGUAUGAGUCAUAACGGGUUGACAAAAAACGUUGACAGCAGUUGA